AUGAGUCGUGGUAGUGGAGGUGGCUACGAUCGUCACAUAACCAUUUUCUCUCCGGAAGGUCGUCUUUUUCAAGUCGAGUAUGCGUUCAAGGCUGUGAAGGCGGCUGGAAUAACCUCGAUUGGUGUGCGUGGGAAGGACUCGGUUUGUGUUGUUACACAGAAGAAAGUUCCGGACAAGCUUUUGGAUCAGACUAGUGUGACCCAUUUGUUUUCUAUUACCAAGUACCUUGGACUGUUGGCUACUGGCACGACAGCUGAUGCAAGGACCUUGGUCCAACAAGCCAGGAAUGAGGCUGCUGAGUUUCGUUUCAAAUAUGGAUAUGAAAUGCCUGUGGAAGUAUUGGCCAGAUGGAUCGCAGACAAGUCUCAGGUUUAUACUCAACAUGCCUACAUGAGACCCUUAGGAGUAGUUGCUAUGGUUUUGGGUAUUGAUGAUGAGAAAGGACCUCAACUAUUCAAGUGUGAUCCAGCUGGCCAUUUUUUUGGCCACAAGGCCACAAGUGCGGGAUCAAAAGAUCAAGAGGCAAUUAAUUUUUUGGAGAAGAAAAUGAAAAACGACCCUGCUUUCUCUUUCGAGGAAACAGUGCAGACGGCAAUUUCAGCGCUGCAAUCUGUUCUGCAGGAGGAUUUCAAGGCUAAUGAGAUUGAGGUGGGGGUUGUGAGCAAAGAGAAUCCAGUCUUCAGAGGAUUGUCCACCGAGGAAAUUGAUGAGCACUUGACUGCCAUCAGUGAGCGAGACUGAUUAGGCAGAGGACCUGAGGUGGUUUUUUUUUCUAAUCACCAAAAUUUAAUGAACAACUGCGUAUCUGAGGCUGUUUUGAGGAGUAUACAUUUUGGUACUCAGAAUUCUCAAAUUUGCUUCGAUUGAUUAUGGGUUCAAGAUCAUUUGAAGUUCCCUGGCAUGUGUUAUGGGAAUCAUCAAAUUAUGUUCUUGGAUUUUCCAAACUAUUACCAGGUUAUUGAUUUAGAAUGUUCUAUUUCUGUUUAAUUGUUGUCAUGGCUUUAUUUACAAACAAAAACAUGUUAUUUAC